GCGCUUUUGAGCACCUGUUUUGAUUGUGUCACAUCGCGCAGAUUCAGUGGUGGAGAGCAAAGAUUCUCACUGGGAGAGAGCGGACAGGGGAAACUGAUUUUCUUUCUCUCUCAUCAAGAAGGAGAAGAAAAAGAUGGAGAGGAUGCAGGGAGAGGGAGAGGUGGACCACCUGGAGAAACCAAGCCCACUGACUGACAAGGAGAGGGUGAUGAUCCAGGACUCCUGGACUAAAGUCUACCAGAACUGCGAUGAUGUUGGAGUGGCCAUACUAGUCAGGCUGUUUGUGAACUUCCCCUCAUCCAAACAGUACUUCAGCCAGUUCAAGUACAUCGAGGAGCCGGAGGAGCUGGAGCGGAGUGCCCAGCUUAGGAAGCACGCUCACAGAGUCAUGAAUGCCAUCAAUACACUGGUGGAGAGCCUUGACAACUCAGACAAGGUGGCCUCAGUGCUGAAGCUGGUGGGCAAGGCCCACGCACUCCGACACAAGGUGGAGCCUGUGUACUUCAAGAUCCUGAGUGGUGUGAUACUGGAAGUCUUGGGAGAGGAGUUCCCAGAGGUUGUGACAGCAGAGGUGGCUGCGGCCUGGACCAAACUCUUGGCUACUGUCUACUGCAGUAUCACAGCUGUCUAUGAGGAAGUGGGCUGGACUAAGAUCUCAACCUCAACCGGGUGAAGCUUUUAGUCAGGUUUUACUGGACCAUACACACCCAGAGACUUCUUUUUUUUUUUUUUUUUAUUUGGCCAGAUCCUCAUAAGAGAGAGGAAUCAACUGAGUGUAAUCUGGGAAUACAGUUUGAUGUAAUCUAAGAUAGUUAUGAACUAUGGAACGUACACUCUAAUGUAAACAACAAUAAGAACAGGUACUUUUCCCAUUUCAUGGCUAAAAGUGUGUGCGUGUGUGUGUGUGUGUGUGAGUGUGUGUGUGCGUGUGUGCAUGUUUGGGUGUGAGUGAGAGAGCGAGAAAGAGGGAGAAAAAGUUAAAAAAAAAAAUUGAAAGCUCUCCUCCUUGUUUUUGUACUCUUGUAAAGGACCAACCGAUUUAAAGGAGAGAGCAAAGAGGAAUAAAAUGCAAACAUAAACCCAACGGUGGACAAGAGGUCACAUUUGACUUGGAUGUGCCUUCUACUGAAUGUGUAAAUCCAGAAACUGCCAUGUAAAUACCAUUAUUUCUAAAUAUUGUAACGUUUUUUCUGAUAUUCCCUUUCAUCAGUCUGUAUCCACUGGUGUCCACCUUACGAAACAUCAAGAAGACCAAGACAUUUUUACAUUUUUAACAGUUUAGUGUGACCAUUGAACAUGUAUGACUCACCUUUGUAUCUGUAUUCAACUAAAUUUUGAAAUAAAACUACAGAGAAAAUCA